CACUACUCAUCAGGCACACACAACCCACCACCGCCUAGAGAGACACACAGAGAGAAAGAGCCUCUAUAUUCAUAUGACAGGAGCCUUGUACAUUAUUGCAAGUGGUCCCUUGUGAGAUACCUGAUCAUCCAACCAAGAGGGAACCAGCUGAAGGACACACCAAUUAGGGCUCCUGAGACUGUGCCAUCGGUCAGAAUGGCGGCGUGGGAUCUGGCGAUAGCCGUUGAUGACGUGGGCGAAAACUCAACCCCAGUGGUCAUCAGUGUCACCAUCAGCGUAACCUCUGACCUCCACAUCGGGGGAGUCAUCCUGAAGGUCGUGGAGAAGACCAAGGUGAAGCGAGACUGGUCCGACUAUGGCCUGUGGUGGGAGCAGAAGCAGCGGUGGCUGCUGCAGACGGCCUGGACGCUGGACAAGUGUGGCAUCCAGGCGGACGCCAAGCUGCUCUUCACGGCCCAGCACAAGCCCCUGCGACUGGGCCUGCCCAACGGCACCACCCUGAGGAUGAGGGCCAGCUUCUCAGCCCCCGUCUUCAGAGCAGUGCUCAACAUCUGCAAGGUCUUGAACAUUCGUCACCCUGAGGAGUUGUCCCUUCUCCGACCUGUGGAGGAAAAGAAGAAAAAGAAAGACUCCAAGUCUGCAGAGGAGAUCUAUGACAUCACAGAUGUCCCCUUAACCUCCGCAUCAGUUCAAUGCUUGUACAAUGGGAUGCCGGCUCACUUCGCCGACUCUCCCAAGACAGAGGCCGUCUACAAGAUGCUGUCCUCCAGCCAGCCCUCUCCUGCUCCUGAGACUCUGGCCAAGCUCUACAGGCCUGCCAGCAUAGUGGACAAGACCCACAUCCACACCAGGUGGCUGGACUCUUCGCGCUCCCUCAUGCAGCAGGGUAUUCAAGAGAACGACAAGCUGUGGCUCCGCUUCAAAUACUACACCCUGUAUGACCUGGAGCCCAAGUAUGACAUAGUGCGGUUGACUCAGAUGUAUGAGCAGGCUCGCUGGGCCAUCCUGCUGGAGGACAUUGACUGCACAGAGGAGGAGAUGAUGCUGUUUGGGGCUCUCCAGUACCAUAUUGGUAAAGUGUCCCAGUCGGACGCCCAGGCCGUGACCGCUGGCCUGGAGGACCUGGACUCAGCCCUGCAGUCUCUGGAGGUCAAGAUGGGGGUGGAGAGCAGUGCCAAUGACAUCCUGGAAAAUAUGACUGCUCCAGAAUUGAAUGACUACUUGAAAAUCUUCAGGCCGAAGAGGAUGACGCUGAGAGCUUACAAGCAGUACUGGUGCAAGUUUAAAGACACAUCAAUCUCCUAUUUCAAGAGUCAGGAGGAAAGCACCGGAGAGCCCAUUCAGCAGAUGAACUUAAAAGGUAGUGAAGUGGCCCCAGAUGUGAAUGUUGCUGGGCAGAAGUUCUGCAUCAAGCUGCUGGUCCCAGCACCUGAGGGCAUGAACGAGGUCUACCUGCGCUGUGAAAAUGAGAAGCAGUACGCCAAGUGGAUGGCUGCUAGCAAACUGGCCUCCAAAGGUCUGACCAUGGGCGACAGCUCCUAUGACAACGAGGUGAGGAGCAUCCAGACCUUCCUGGCCAUGCAGCGCUCCAACCCUGGAGCCCAGGUGGCCCAGAGCGACGACACCAUCAACACCCUCAGCCUGGUGUCGCCGCGAUACCACAAGAAGUACAAGGCCAGACAGCUCACACCACGGAUUCUAGAGGCUUACCAGAAUGUGGCCCAACUCUCCUCGUCUGCAGCCAUUUUGAAGUUCCUACAGAUCUGGCAGGCUCUACCUGACUUUGGAAUUUCAUAUUUUAUGGUCAGAUUUAAAGGCAGUCGGAAGGAUGAGGUGAUGGGCAUUGCAAACAACCGCCUCAUCCGUAUAGAUCUGGGGGUUGGGGACGUGGUGAAGACUUGGCGGUAUAACACCAUGAGACAGUGGAACGUCAACUGGGACAUUAAGCAGGUGGCGAUCGAGUUUGACGGGCACAUCAACAUUGCUUUCGGCUGCUGCAAUGCGGACUGCAAGACGGUCCAUGAGUACAUCGGCGGCUACAUCUUCAUGUCUACGCGAGGCCGCGACCAGAGCGACACCCUGAACGAGGAGCUCUUCCAUAAACUCACCGGGGGCCACGAGGCCCUCUGAGAUACACACAAACACACACACACUUGGUGUGGAGACUGGAAACACAAUAGGAAGAAUUUAUCACUUCGAGUUCCUCACAUCAAUAUCAAGCCUUCACUUGCAUAAGCAUUUCAUGUGGGCUGUAUUUGGUGUGUGGUCAGUUUGAAAUAUAUAUUAUAUACAUAAAUCACACAAGUUGUUCAUACUGCUUUUUUAUCUAGUCAUAAAAAAUAAUGUAAUGUACUGUAUAGUUAGUUUUGAAAAUGGUACGUCUUGAUGUAUUGUCUAAACGUUUUUUUGUUAUAUUAAGCCAACACCCCUUCACAACCCCUGUAUGAUUCAGCACAUGACUGUUACCAGGAGGAAACUGUUACACCAGCCAGUGGAAUAUUACAGGGACUGUUUUCCCCCCCUAACUGUUAAGAUAUGGUGCUCUCUCCACUCCACAAAUAGACAUGGUCACACCCUCUCGAUUUUCAUUUCUUCAAGGAACUCAGAAAAGGAAGUAGCAUUUGGUAACACCAUAAAAGGAUUCCUUGAUCAACACCAAAAAGGGCUCUUCAUCCAAUUCAGAUAACAAGCAAAAAAACAUUAACCUUUCUGUUUUCUGCUGCCAACCCAGUCUGGAUCUCUUUGACAAAAUCAAAUAAACAGAAUAUCCAUA